CGUCCCACAAGGUCCUGAAAGCGCUCCUUGGAUUAUGUCGAACGACAGCCACGGGAUGAUCACACAAUUGGUAAGAAAUUUUACCAAAAUCUUAGCUAGAUGGAUUAAGUUCUAGAACUGAAAAUCGCAUCUGUUUACAUGGAUUGUGGAGAGCCAAAAUCUCUCAUUAAUCAGCAGAACCUGGGUCUGCUGGCAAAAAUUUUACGAAGCGGAAGGCGUACCAAUUAGGACUAACCUAGGCCAUUUAUCGAUUUCGUCAUCCGGCCAUCUUCGCACCUAUUGCAAAAUGAGUGGUGAUGCUGAUGCCAGACUUCGUCGCCACUUCACUCAUGUACAACUCAUUGCAGGAGGAAUUGGUGGGACUGCUGGAGUUGUAGCAACAUGUCCACUAGAUGUGGUCCAAACACGAUUACAAUCAACAACAGUGAAAAUUCGUCGGACUCACUCUAACCUUGCUGGAGUGGGCCUAGUCAAUGGAAUGGACGUCAACAUGUCUUCGCGGCCAUUUAGUGGUGGUAUCUUUUCUUACAUGCGCUUUAUUGUUAAAACAGAGGGAUUGACAGCAUUGUAUAAAGGCCUAGGGCCAAAUUUAGUUGGCGUUGCCCCUUCAAGGGCGAUCUAUUUUGCCGUUUAUUCGAAGACGAAAAAUUUCCUUGGAAUGGCUGGCCCUCUUUCGACAUCAAGCCCCAUAGUUCACAUGCUAUCAGCAUUGACAGCAAGCUUAUCAACUUCUACGCUUACAAAUCCUAUUUGGUUUAUAAAAACUCGAUUACAGCUCGAUUUCCGAUCAACUGGCGUUAGAAGAAAAAUUGAAAGUCUUGUCAAAGAAGUUUACAGAAAAGAUGGCAUACGUGGGUUUUAUCGAGGAUUAACUGCCUCAUACGCUGGUGCUUCAGAAACAGUGUUGUAUUUUGUAGCUUACGAACGUGCCAAAGAGACACUGGCAAAAUUUCGCAAUGUUAGCUAUGAAGAAUUGAACUCGUUUGAUCAUAUUAUGGGGGCUGGUAUCUCGAAAUUCUUUGCAACAGCAAGUGUAUAUCCCCAUGAAGUAGCAAGAACAAGAAUGAGGCAGCAGUUGUAUCAUCCUGAUGGUCGUGAUUUGUAUACUGGAUUCUUUCAAACAUUAAAGAAGGUGUAUAGAGAAGAAGGUCGCCCAGGGCUCUAUGGUGGCAUGGGUGCACACCUCUUGAGGCAGGUCCCCAAUACAGUGAUUAUGUUUGUGACUUAUGAAGCAGUUGUUAAAUUUCUGUCAAACUUAUGAUUUGAUGAUUUUGCCAGUUCAUGUUAACAAUUUCCUCCUUUUACUUAGUAUGGAUGGCAUAACAUGGUACCUGGUACCAUUUUCAGCAUAAUCAGUAGAGUGAUAAUUUGUGUGUACUACUUAAAGUGUGUAAAAGCUUUAAAGCCCAAGAAAAAGCACUACUUAAGAUUUGCCAGCAGACCAGCAGUUCUAUAAUGAUAUGUAUUUACUGUCUAUUAUUAUAUAUAAUUCAAAAUGUAUUCACCUUCAGCCCUAUUCCGAUUGUCGCCUUAUAAUCAAAUCAGAAUUGAAGUUUGAGCAAAGCUUGGUCUGUUAAGGGACAUUGUGAACUGCUGUUGGCUUGUAGCCUAGUUCCCAUGAUAGAUAACACAGCUUGUAGAAUUGCUGUUUUUCAAGAUUAAUUCUAUCAAAUUUAUAGGGGUAUUGUGCUUUUUCAAUAUAUAUAUAGCUUGAAGUAUGUGAAUUAAUUUAUUCAGUGUUUAAGAUAUCAUAGAAAAUCAAUUUGUUUUAGCACUACAGCUAUGAUACAUUUUAUUUUUGAACUUAGUUUCUUUGCUGCUUCAUGUUGAAAAUCUGUUUGUAUCUUUAAUCAUAGUGAACAAAAUCAAACCAAUAAUUAUAUGUAAACAAUUAAUAAGCAUGGUUUUAAAGACUUUGAAAACACCAAUCCACACAAUAUAUGGUCUCACAUUAUAGUAACAUCUGAUUUAGAACUAUUUCUAGUCUGAAGGAUGGCAUGAGAAUUCAAAGCAUGGUGUGAAAAUACUUUUUAAUAUUAAGAACCAAAUUUUUGGCAGGAUGGAUAAGCAACACACAAAAAUUUCAGAGGAAGUUCAGUAAAAGUUUGGUAGCUUUCUAUCCCUGUUUGGUUUGCUAAGAUUUUGCAAUUUUGUACAUUUCUAGCUUAAAAUCAUCAACACCAAUGUUUGUCA